UCACGCGAGGUUUCUAUUCAUUUGACUAAAUGCCACGUCUGAGAACGAAUAGACACUUUUGAGAUCUUCUGUUGGGAAUAAUUGAUCUGAUAAACCGUUAUCACUGACCCGCAACAUUGCAUACUGCCUAUCCGUGCAUAAUUACAGCAGACAGGUGAGAUGAUGGCCCAUGGACGUCUGCUAGCACUGUUCACAGGAGCGGUGCUGUUGCUGGCCGCCCAGCUAACUGUUGCUCACAGUCACUCUCAUGACCAUGGGCAUGCACAUUCGCAUGGGGGUGGCGGUUGCCAUGGUCAUUCCCAUGGUGGUCAGAAGCUGCACCAGGGGGCGAGCAAGUGGAGUGCUGAGGCCAACCUGCCCCCAGCAGAGGAGUCGCACCACGGUCACGCACAUGACCACGGACAUGGUCACGCACAUGACCACGCCCAUGACCAUGGUCAUGCUCACGGACAUGACCACGCCCAUGACCAUGGUCAUGCUCAUGAGCACAAGGAGGAGAGUGGACACGGGCACACCCAAGGAGGGGAGAGGGUGAAGAGGCAGGUGGAGGGAGAGAAGAGGGACAUAGUGGAGCUCUGGAUGCAGGCCAUCGGUGCCACUCUGCUGAUCAGUGCUGCUCCCUUCCUCAUCCUUUUCCUGAUCCCGGUCCAGUCCAAUACAGACCAGCACCAGAACCUCUUGAAGGUGCUGCUGAGCUUCGCCUCUGGUGGCCUGCUGGGAGACGCCUUUCUGCACCUCAUCCCUCACGCCCUGGAGCCUCACUCUAACCAUGGAGACGAGGGACAAGGCCACUCUGACAGUGAAGAAUCACAGUAUCAUGGCCACUCACAUGGUGCUGCCCAUAGUCACAUGAUGUCAGUAGGGCUGUGGGUUCUCGGUGGAAUCGUGGCCUUCCUGGUGGUGGAGAAAUUUGUUCGCCUCCUGAAGGGUGGACACGGACACUCCCACUCUCAGGCUGCUCCUAAGGCAAAGGAGAGUGACGGGGAGAAAAAGAAGAAGAAUGAGGGUGAGAAAGAUUUAAAAGAAAACAAAGAUGAGAAGACUCAAAAAGAAGUGGAGGAGAAAACUACAGACAUCAAGGUGUCGGGCUACCUGAACCUGGCUGCUGACUUCACACACAAUUUCACUGACGGGCUGGCCAUCGGGGCAUCGUUCCUGGUAGGCCCAGCAGUAGGCACAGUCACCACUCUCACCAUCCUGCUGCACGAGGUGCCCCACGAGAUUGGCGACUUUGCCAUCCUGGUCCAGUCUGGCUGCACCAAGAAGAAGGCUAUGUGUCUACAGCUGCUGACAGCCUUGGGGGCUCUUGCCGGCACAGCCUGCUCCCUAUUGGCUGAGGGGGUGGGUGCGGCCGCCACAGCCUGGAUCCUACCAUUCACUGCGGGUGGCUUUGUGUACAUUGCCACGGUGACGGUUCUGCCUGAGCUGCUGGUUGGCCGCUCCAGUCUGGGCCAAUCGGUGAUGGAGAUCCUAGCGAUGCUGGUUGGAAUUUACAUGAUGGUGCUCAUCGCAGAGUAUGAGUGAGACAGCGAGUCAUCAAAAAGUAAGGGCGGUAGAGGGAGGGAGGGAUUUAGAGGAGGAGCAGAAACUGAAUGUGAGAUGGAUUUAUACGAUUGGAGGGAAAGAUACUGAUGGAGUUUAAAGGAGAGGGUGAGAAGAUGAGUGACAGACAUGGCUUUCACAGGACUGGACUAGAUUCCAAAGGGGACUUGAAUGGGGAGUAGCAUUUCAACACAAACCAUCUGCAGGAUGAUGAGCAAUAAGAUAUGUACUGUACAAAGUUCUCAUCAGCAUGUCUAAGUCAGAUAGGUCAUCAAACCGAGACUUAGGCAAGCUACGCAGAUGACUUGGGAGUUGUAGUUCAUCGUCCAUUUAUAAUUGCAGAGUUUAUUCCCUUUUGGUCAUAAAAAGGCUAACCAAAAAAGUGUCUGUUUAAGUUGCCGUGAACUAUAGUUAAAAUUAAAAUCAAGAAUUGCAAUCAUACCAAUAUGUUUAAUGCUUACUUUUGCCUUUAAUUGUACUUGCAGAGAUCACAGAUUGAACACAAUAGAACUAGACAGAAAAGUGGUUAGGGCAUUUUCCUGGGUUUAAAUUCAGGGUUUAUUUGGAUCAGAGUAUGUUAGUCUACAACUGGAACAUUCCAAUGAAAUGAAAAGGGCAUAAUAUAACGUAUAGUCCAUAAACCAGGUCCCCAAACAGCAGCCAUCUUAGAUACUUGACAUAUAUGAGGCCAAGAGGCUCCUGAAAUGUCAUCAGCUUCCGGAAUGUGACUUAUUGGGAAACAUGAAUAAGCUGUUUUAGAUGUCUACAGCACACGGCAGUUACUGACCAAGCCACUUGUUUGUAACGGUUUUCAUAACUGUUGCAUGCUUUCGAGUUGCAUGAAAAUCAUGAGUUGUACCAGUAUGUGACAAUAUCUAUUAAUUUAAUUAUUACUCAACGGGUAAGUGAUGUAAGCUGUGCUUAGAGGACCAUUGGAGUAUGAUUAGCUUUAUAGUGAAUAAAUUGCUUUAAAUGUGCCCGUCACAUGAAUUACCUUCAUAAUGUGGAAAUACAGUAAAUUAAUGUAUUUAGGGUGGACGAGCCAUUUGGAAACUGAACCGAUUAUCCAGUGACAGGAAUUGGGGAAAUAGAUACAGUCCAUCAAAACAAAAUUUCUUCCACCCUAAUUCAUCUUAAUGUGUCUGGAAGGAAUGUUUGACCUACCUUUGAACAACUGAAUGAUGAAUCCUCUUCUACUUUUGUUUAGUGUUAAUAAGCCGCGGUAGCAGGUUUUGUUGAAUUGUAACAUUUAUUCAUUUUUAUUCACGUGUACUAUUCUUUUUUUUUUUCUUUAAUGGGUGUCUGCUUUCCCUCCACUCUUGAAUAAUACAGUAGGCCUUAUGUGUCAUAAAGACAAUCAAUGCUGUAGCUGUAAUGUGGUUAGAAAGAGCUCCUUCACCCUAAACCAUUCUGUAUGUACACGACUGCAUCUCUGGGCUGAUUCCAAACCAACCCCACGCUGCUAUCCCCAUUUACCUUGUUGACUUUUUUGUUAUGUAUCUGAGAUGGUUUGUAUUGUCAAUAUUGUAUAGUUAAGCUGCUUUACCUAGGCAUUUGUAAUAAGUAGGUUGUUUCCAUCCAAAAUGUAUUCCUUUACAUUGCCAGUUUUAUCAGAUGCCUUAAGUUGUUAACAUUGGCUUAUAGUUGGGUGCAAUGGCUUGAUUUGGAAUCAGCUUUUAAUCAGAGGGACCAAGUAAAAAUGACUAAUGUUAAAGUGGUGGGUGGGAGAUUUAGUAAGAGAGUAUGGUGGAAUUUGUGUUACUUUGUUUCCUUGACUAUUCAUUAAACAAUUAAGAUUC